AUGAAAUCUAUAAAUAAAUAUUAUCAUACUUCUAUACAACUUUUAUUAUUAUUAAUCAUAUCAAUAUAUAUAGAUAAUGUACAUACUUUAAAAGGUGAUGAAAAUGCAAUUGCAGUGUUAGAUAAUAAAUAUAGAAACAAUCAUCCAAUUGUAUUGGAAGAGGUUUUAUUUAAUACAGAUCUUACUCAGGGUGGAAACAGUAGGUUGGAAUGUAAAGACGAACAAACCGAUAUGAUUUGGAGUACUCAGACACAUACCACUCUCAUUAAUACACCGUUGAUCACCGAUUUGUUUGGUGAGGGAUCGAAGGAUAUCGUGUUGGUCGGAACACAAAACUAUGUCGAUGUACUCAAAGGCAGCACCGGACAACGUGCGCUGGGAUGGCCGUUCAUCGCCGAUCGAUCGUCGUUCUCAGCCAGUCCACUGGUUCACGACAUUGACGGCGACGGCACCAACGAAGUGAUAGUGGCGACGCGCGACGCCGAGAUCAUCUUCCUCAACAGCUUGGGAAUGCCGCUGCAUUUCACAACACUGCGCGUUCCCCCACUAAAAGUAGCAAAGAACUGGUUCGACAUCACCGACAAACACGUCGAUGCAUCGUUCUCACUUCACGAUCGUGAUAACACACGUAAUGCCAAAGGAACAAAGUUAUAUAAAUCGAAUAAUGAUAAUGAUAACGAUGAGCGGAAGAAGAAAGAUGAUAGCUAUAAGCUAUCACCGAUACUCAAACAAAAGUAUGAUGAAUUCGACUUUCUUUAUUCGGUUCAGUAUCAGAGGUAUUUGGAUGAUAAUAUUCAAUAUUCAAACUAUUCGAAUAAGUAUAUUUGGGUUGAUGCACAUAUCUUGGCGACACCGGUCAUUGCAGAUAUCGAUCAAGAUGGAUCGAUGGAGUUGAUUGUCUCUGCCAGCUACUACUACGACUCUGAAUACUACUCGGUACCCAUUCACAACGCAACACUAGAGCGUGAUAUUAGCAUUGAGAAUUAUGCUGCCGGUGGUAUUAUUUGUUUCAACUUGAAAGAUAUGUCAAUUAAAUGGCAGACACGUAAGUACAUCAACAACAACAACAACAACAACAACAACAACAACAACAGUAAUAAACUAACAAUAAACAACAUUGUAGAUCUCGAUUUAACAACAGAUAAUAAAGUAUUUAAUGGAUAUGUAUUGGGUUCACCAACUGUUGUCGAUAUUAAUAACGAUGGUUACUUGGAGACUGUCAUCGGUACGAAUCUAGGAUUCCUGUAUGUUCUGGACUAUCAAGGUAAUCCUUUGUUUGAACCACUCUUUAUGGAUUCGAUCUAUGCCUCUGUCGUUGCACAAGACGUCAACGGUGACGGUAAAGUAGAGCUAAUCGUAUCGGACGUCAAUGGAAAUCUAGUUUGUUUAAAUAAUAUCGGUGAAGAACUAUGGGAAUCAAGAAUCAUUGGUAUGACUGAACAUCCCGUUUCAAUUGGUGAUAUUAAUGGUGAUGGUAUUCUAGAUGUUGUUGUAGGAUCGUUUAGCGGUGCUAUCUAUGCAUUUAGAGGAGAUACAGGUGAAGAACUCGUUGGAUUCCCAAUCAAAUUGAAAGCAUCUAUCAUGUCACCGCUACUGCUCGUCAAUCUAUCGCCGAACCAACAAGAACAAAAAGGAUUGUCAAUCGUUGUACACACAUCAGAUGGUGUACUACUAUCUAUAAACACAAGAGAGAGUUGCACAAAUAGAUUAGAUAUUGGUGAUAAUUCUGUAUCAAUGGUUCUAGCUUCAGAUUUAACAGGUGAUGGUUACUUGGAUUUACUUGUCAAUACGAUGUAUGGUGUUGUUUAUACUCUUACAACAAACUCACCUUUUACACCUAUGAAAGAGAGAGUUGCUUUCAAUCAAGGCAAGAAUGUCUAUACUUUCCAACAUGAGGGUAUUUAUAUCUCACAGGAGAAUAGAGACACCACCGAUAUUCUCGGUAGUGAAUUCACAUUGGCAUUCGAUAUCAUCGAUAAUGGAUUCAAUCGUUCAUCACCAAACAACUACAACGUUAGAGCAACCUACGGUGGCAAACAGAUAUUCACUAUGAAUUUUGAAUAUCCGGGAAGAAAAACAAUUACCAUUCCAGUGCCAGAGCGAUCACACAUGCGAGUGUUAACUCUAGAGAUGAAAGAUAAACAAGGUUUACAAUUCAGUGAUCAAAUCUCACUAUCUUUUAAUAUUCAUUUCUCAAGACUAUUAAAGUGGAUCAUUGUACUUCCGUUUUUCAUAGCUUCCACAAUUAUAAUAAUACAUCAACAAAAUACAAAGAGUUCACUUCCAUUAUAG